ACGUUGACGGCUUUUUUUGCUGUAGCCUACAGGGACCAACCACAUACUUUUCCUGCAGUGAAGUGAACAUAUUUGUUUUGCUAAAUGCUUGACAAGCCCAAGCCCGCUCAGUUCGAAUCGGUAAUGGCAAUCAGCAAGACCGUGGAGUGGCUGCAAAAGCAGCUCCAGACGCGAAAAGACUGCCUAUUGGUAAUGGACUGCAGAGCGCUGGAGCUAUACGAGUCCUCGCACGUCGAAACGGCGAUUAACGUGGCCAUCCCAAGCCUGAUGCUCCGGCGGCUGAAGAAGGGCAAUCUUCCCAUCAAGUGCCUGCUCUCAAACGGCGAGGAUCGGGAGAGAUUUGCGCGGCGGUGCAAGACGGACACUAUCGUGCUGUAUGACGAGUACAGCAGGGAAUGGAACGAAAAUGUGGACGGGGGCUCCGUGCUGGGCUUGCUCCUGAAGAAGAUGAAAGACGAGGGCUACAAGGCGUUUUACCUUGAAGGUGGUUUCAAUAAAUUCCAAGCAGAGUUCCCUGCCCUGUGCGAGACCAAUCUUGAUGGCUCUUUCAAUAGCAGUUCUCCCACUGCCCAGGUGCUCGGCCUCGGGGGUCUGCGGAUAAGCUCCGACUCAUCCGACAUCGAGUCAGACAUCGACAGGGACCCAAGCAGCGCCACAGACUCAGAUGGCAGUCCCCUCUCCAACCCCCAGCCCUCCUUCCCAGUGGAGAUCCUCCCACACCUCUACCUGGGCUGCGCCAAGGAUUCCACCAACUUAGACAUUCUAGAAGAGUUCGGCAUCAAGUACAUUCUGAAUGUGACUCCGAACCUGCCCAACAUGUUCGAGAACGCCGGGGAAUUCAAGUACAAGCAGAUCCCCAUCUCUGAUCACUGGAGCCAAAAUCUGUCACAGUUCUUCCCGGAAGCCAUUAGCUUCAUAGAUGAGGCUCGCAGUCAGAAAUGCGGCGUCCUGGUCCACUGUCUGGCCGGCAUCAGCCGUUCGGUGACAGUCACCGUGGCGUACCUCAUGCAGAAGCUCAACCUGUCCAUGAACGACGCCUACGACAUUGUCAAGAUGAAGAAGUCCAACAUCUCGCCCAACUUCAACUUCAUGGGCCAACUCCUGGACUUUGAGCGCACCCUGGGCCUGAAGAGCCCCUGCGAUAACCGGGUUGCGGCCCCCACACAACCCCUGUAUUUCACCACCCCCACCAACCACAACGUCUUCCAGCUGGACCCUCUGGAGUCCACGUGAGGCAGCGCCAUCGUCGCCCCCUACUGGCUUGGAGAUUUAAUGAAACCUGAAACGCUGCAAUGUUUCUCUACUUUAUUUCCGUCACCUGUUGUGAC